AUGUAUGAGGUCGAAGCUGAUCCACAAGACACAGAUGCCACUCAGGCAUCACAGACGAUGAAGACGACAGCUACGUCGACGACGACUGCGGCAGGGGCGACAGGUCAACAGUCGAAACAACCCUCAGAGUACAUGCGAGUGCAAAGGAUGUUUAGACAGGUGACAAAGAACGAGCGUACAGGCAAGAAUAUACCAAAGGAGAAGCGAAAGCCAAUAGACUACUCCUCAGUGCUUGACUAUCAUAACUUGGACAACAAUACACCGGAGAAUCGCGAGAGGAUAUUGGACUUCUCAGGACUGGUAGAUCAAAGUACGGCGACUGAAUCGCCAUACUAUGCACAUCCUGCAACAUGGCGAGUGUAUGGUCUGAAGGACUACCCUGGCUUCUACUUCAUCCCCUCACCAUUCUCUGUGCAACAACAAAAGAAGUGGAUCAAGGAUGCCAUCGAGCUGUACACUGAGCCGCCCAACAGCACCAACCUCACUCUAUUCCACGGCGACAUCAAACAACUCUGGAGGAAUGCUCAACAAGAGUUUUCUGACAUUGAAGCAGACUCGCGUGGCGGCGACAAGUCCUCUGACACUCAAACACAGACAAGACCAUUGGACAAGAAUGGACAAGAGUUACCAACUUAUAGAAGCCUCCUGGACAAGCUGGCAUGGUCAUCACUUGGUUACCAGUAUCAAUGGACUGAGAGGAUAUACUCUGAAGACUACUAUGUACAGUUCCCCGACGAUCUACAGCAGCUGGUCACUCACAUUGCCUCAUCGACGCGCUACACACCUUAUGUGGCCGAGGCGGCAACGAUCAACUUUUACUCUGAGGACUCGGUAAUGGGCGGCCAUCUGGACGACGCCGAGGAGGAGAUGGAGAAGCCCAUCGUCUCUAUAAGCUUUGGCAGCACAGCGGUCUUCUUGAUGGGCGCCGAAACCAAGGACGUUGCGCCUGUCCCCAUCUUUAUUCGAAGUGGUGACAUUGUGAUCAUGGGCGGACGUUCACGCUAUUGCUAUCAUGGUGUUGCCAAGAUUGUUGAGGACUCGUUCGAUGUGGACCUGGCUGCCAACGACACUGAUGACACUCGCUGGCACAUCCACUGGCUCAAAGAGAAGAACAGACGCAUCAACAUCAAUACAAGACAAGUAUUUAAAGUUCCAAAGCAAGGUGUGAGGAGUACCAUCAAGUAA